GCAUAAACAAAGUGAUUCACAACUCUUGAGAGGUAUGUGUGCUUAGAAGAACAUGAAACACACACCACCCCACAUUUCGAGAAAAUGAAACACACACACCCCCCACAUUUUAAGUGGUCAGGGUGUGUUUGAGUGCACUACUAAAAGGUUUUGCAUGUUUGUUAGUUUUACAAAAGAACAGUGAGUUAUUAAUAUGGAGCACAGCUCAAACCCAUUGAAGAUGGAGAUGGAGAUGACUGAAAGUGAGCAUGUGAUAGUUGAAAUCCCCAUUAAUCGACCGGUCAACAACGACAACAUUAGAAGCGUGGCCAUGGAGUGGGUUGACUGCCUUACAGGCAAGGCGACCACCAAAAGCAACGAACGUGAACAACAUAUGGAAAAAGUACCACCAUUACUCUUAAAAAGCGAGAAAGGUCGUAGAAACAGCGAGUGCUACGAACCUGCAGUUGUUUCACUUGGCCCAUACCACCACAACCGACCUGCCCUUGCUCAAGCAGAGAAGUACAAACUCAUAACACUAGAAGAGUAUAGUUUGAGCACCGGAAAAACUAUUGGUACUUUAUACAACAUGGUGUUUGAGGUGGUACAUGAUGCAAGAAAGUGUUAUAUCGAUGGUUCUACUGAUGAUUACAGCGAUCACGAGUUUAACCAAAUGAUGUUACGAGAUGCUUGUUUUAUUUUGCUCUAUAUUGAACGAAUGCCGUGUGGACACACCAAUAUAUUCUUAAAUAACGAGUACUUGGGCGCAAUAGGGUUUGCGAACAUAAAGCGUGAUCUUUUGUUGCUAGAGAACCAGAUCCCCUUUGUAGUACUCGAAGUUUUGUUGAAGCUGAAGUUCCCCAAAGAUAAAGGUGAAGAGGUCCUAAACAAAUUCUUUAACUACUUAAACUAUGGCGAGGUGAUGAUCAGGAAGGAUAAAAAGGUGCUGGAAUACAAGCGACCGCUUCAUCUUCUGGAGCUUUACAGGUCUUAUUUCAUCUCACUUCCAACUAAAGAUAAGGCGUUACAUGAAAAAUUUAAUUAUGUAAAACGAAAUCGAGCGUUUGCUUCAGUGACAGAACUCAAAGGUAGAUGGAUUUUUUUGAGAUGUACCUCGGAUGACUCAACGAGUGACAUGGAAUUUAACCCGUAUAUUUGCUAUGGUGAGUUUAUGCUAGCACGUAGAGCAGUGUGCCCAUAUACCAAAGCUAUAUACCUGAACAUGAUCGCGUAUGAGAUGUGCCCGCAUACCCCAACUGACUUGCGGAUUUCAACUUACAUCCGAGUAAUGAAAUCGUUAAUCAUUCAGCGUGAUGAUGUGAAGGAGUUGCGACGUAAUAAUAUAUUGAUUCAUAGUCUUGAUAGUGAUGAAGAAGUGGUGAAGAUGUACGAUGAGUUUGAAGUCCCGGCAGUUAAUUAUUACAUGUUUAAUCAGCUCCGGCUAGGGAUCGAAAGGCUGAACGAGAGCAGAUAUAAGACAUGGGGGGCAGAGCUGAUAACCGACUACUUUGGUAGUCCAUGGAAGACGGUGGGUGUGUUGGUGGCUGCUGCUAUUCUGGUCACUAGUUUUUUGCAGACGUACUGCGCGAUCAAGCAAGGGAAUUGAUGUUUAUUCCCAUGCAGCAAGCUUUAAUCCUACACCAACACCUACUUAAUUUUAAUUGAACAAGUUAUUUGAGCUAGCUAAUAAUAUGUAUUCCUUCCCUUUUGAUCCAUACUGAAAGCUUUGAAAUGUUUUUAAUUUUUGACUUUGUAUGAUAUAUCAUUUUAAACGUUUUGAAGACACAUUAGCUUCUA